AUGAUGAGCACGGGAGUGAAGUACGACAUCAGCAGCGACGGUGGUUGUAUCAGGGACAAGUCACAACCGGCACGGACGGUCGCGGAGGCAGGUUCCGUUGACUUUUGCUUCUAUACCGCUGGCGCAUCAGUGGACAGCCAGCCUGGCAUCGUACCAAGAAACUCAUCUACCGCCCCAGCUGGAGCUUAUUAUGGGUCCCGAGAACGAGUUGGGCGGGCUGCGAUGGCGAUCAUCACACAAGACCCCAGCGGGAACGGGCCCAGAGGAGCGAGCUCUGAUUCCAUCGGCCGGACGGGGGUGCUCAUGCAAGAGCAUGCGGGCACAGGCCUGUCCCUGGUCCGGACCCCCGGGACAUAUCGUGCCCAAUGUCGACGCAAUGGCAAGCAACCAGCUGCAUCAAAUCGCAAUAUCAUCGCGACCGUAGACAGAAAGGCCUGUGCCCACAGCAGUGCCGACAGACUGCUAUAUGCAAGUCCAGGAUUGAGAAACACACCAUCACACCCCACAAUCCACGAACUCGCCUUCGACAUACGAGAGAGAGAAAAGAGAGAGUCCGAGCACAAUGUGUGGCUUGAUUGUCCGUCUUCGGCAGCAGAGACUCCCGGGAUUGCAGGCGUUGCAUUCAAUGUAGACUAA